GUUGUUUCAUGCUUUGUUUCUCUCUAUCACUCUCUGCAACUUAUAUAUUUUUGGGAUACCUUAGAAAACUCGGUUCCUGAGUUUUUAUCAUAUCUAGUUAGUUUAAUCAUUACUGUAACUCUUAACCAUUCUUGUAACAUGCCUAUGUGAAUUCACCCUUAUGCUGGGACCCCAAAAUGAUACUGUAGAUCAGACAAAACGUAGCAAGUACCAAUUAUGUCAUUUUCCUACUCCAUUAUUUGUUGUCGUUUUCAGUAACAGGAAUAUAUCUUAUCUAGUUGUGUGUUUUUUUUUUUUUUUUAUAAAAUCUAUUUGCUCAUCUUGCUCAACCAAAAUAAAGAUCAUUACUGUUUGAGGAUUAUCACUGGUUUUUUCUUUUCUGUAGGGUUACACAAAUCUUCUUGGAUAGUUUUCUCGCUUGGGGGAGUUGAAUAUAACUGUUGCCUUGGCUGCAUAAGAGUAUAAGACGAGUUUCAAGAUGAAGGCAAGAACAGCUAACAAUGUCCAGUCUAAGCGAUCUACCAAGAGUGUAAGAAAAGAUCAAAAGCGGCAGAAGACGAAUAGCCAGAAAAGAUUGUCAGAACAAGAGAAACAGGAUGCCAAGGAAGUGUCUAGUACUAUCUCUACAGUAGCAAGUGAUUCAACCACACAAUCAGAUCCCUCUGAGGCUUACGAGUCAGUAGAUGUUCGUUACUUGGAUGAUAAUAAUGGCGGCGCCAUUGCCUCUACAGAUGCUCAUCAGCAAUCAGAUUCUAGCAGAGUUGUGGACAAAACAAGUGGAUCGGUUUGUAAUUUGGAGAAAGAUGUUGAUGAACAAGAUUGUAAAGAUGCUAAGGAAAUCGAUACAGAUGCUCGAGAAGGUAUCAAUGCUGAUGUCUGGGAAGAUGCUUCCAACGGUGCUCUUAGUGCUGAAAGUGAGAACGAGGCGGCCGAUGUUACAGAGAAUAAGGGUGGGAACUUUGAGGACAAGAUUGAGCAUCUAGAGACGAGAAUCGAGAAACUAGAAGAGGAGCUUAGAGAAGUUGCUGCACUUGAGAUUUCACUCUAUUCUGUUGUGCCUGACCAUUGCAGCUCUGCACACAAGCUUCACACUCCUGCUCGACGUAUUUCUAGAAUCUAUAUCCAUGCCUGUAAGCAUUUUACUCAUGGAAAGCGUGCUACGAUUGCUAGAAACUCUGUUUCUGGUCUUGUUUUUGUUGCUAAAUCUUGUGGGAAUGAUGUUUCGAGGUUGACCUUCUGGUUAUCAAACAUCAUAGCUCUAAGGCAGAUAACUUCGCAAGCUUUUGGUACGUCUCGCAUUACACGCAUCUCUGAAUCAAAUGGUGAUUCAGGCAAGAAAACAAACCUGAGAUGGAAGAAUGGUUUCCAACAGCUUUUGGAGGAUUGGCAAGAAACUGAGACAUUUACUACUGCACUCGAGAAAAUCGAGUUUUGGGUAUUCUCUAGAAUCGUGGAGUCUGUUUGGUGGCAGGUCUUUACUCCGCAUAUGCAAUCCCCUGAAAACGACUCAUCAGCCAGUAAAUCAAAUGGGAAACUGAUGGGACCUUCCUUGGGUGAUCAGAACCAAGGCACCAUUUCGAUUAGCCUAUGGAAAAAUGCUUUCCGAGAUGCUCUGCAGCGGCUUUGUCCUAUGCGAGGGGCGGGACAUGAAUGCGGUUGCUUACCUGUAUUGGCUAGAAUGGUUAUGGAUAAUUGUAUCGGUAGAUUUGAUGUAGCCAUGUUCAAUGCUAUUCUGCGUGAGUCAGAGCAUCAGAUUCCAACCGAUCCCGUCUCUGAUCCUAUUCUUGAUUCCAAAGUUCUGCCUAUUCCUGCUGGAGACUUAAGCUUUGGAUCAGGGGCACAACUUAAAAACGCGAUUGGCAAGGCUGUAAAUAUCAUUGUUUGCUAUAUUUCAGAGCAUUAGUGAUGGGAAGCUCUCACAAGCAAGCUUCCCUUAUGCAGCUUCCACUGUUUCGUACAUGCCUCCAUCGACCAUGGAUGUAGCAGAACAAGUUGUAAAUGCUGCAGGAAAACUGUCAAGGAAUGUAUCUAUGAUACAGAGAAAAGGAUACACGAGCUACGAGGAGCUUGAGGAACUGGACUCUCCUCUUACAUCCAUCGUUGACAAGGGGAGUGACUUUACUGGCUCCACGACUUCAAAUGCAAGAUACAAGCUUCUACGAGAAGUGUGGGGUUUAGUUGAGUGAUGAUUGGGAGACAAGUUAAAAAAUGUAAGUAGUAUGCGUGUUGCUAUGAAUUUACGGUUGUUGCUUAGAGAAUUUGCCGAUACAAGCAACGAUAAUGUGGAGAGCUUUCUGUUACAAUUACAGAGAUACUCUGUUUUUAUGUAUCAUAAAGAAGCCAUAAAGAAGUAAACCCUUUGUUUUAUUAAAUGAACUUAGUGAUCUUAGGGGCUAUUGGUUC